CUCCAUCCAGCUGCUGUUCUUCUUCCCAGGCUCAUCCCAAGGGAACCAUGGCAUUCUCAGGCAAAUACGAGUUCGAGUCCGACGAGAACUACGAUGCCUUUGUGCAGAAGAUUGGUCUCCCCAGUGACAAGGUUGAAAUGGGAAGGAACUGCAAGAUUGUGACAGAGGUGGUGCAGAAUGGGAAUGACUUCACUUGGACACUGCACUUCCCAGGAGGCCGCACCACCACCAACACCUUCACCGUGGGCAAGGAGGCAGACAUGGAGACCAUGGGAGGGAAGAAGUUCAAGGCAACUGUCAAAAUGGAAGAUGGGAAACUUGUAGCUGAUUUCCCCAACUACCGCCACGUUUCAGAGAUCUGUGGGGGGAAGCUGGUAGAGACUUCUACUUCUUCUGGUGUAGUCUACAAAAGGACCAGCAAAAAGAUUGCCUAAGGCAGCAUGGCCAGUCUCUUCCAGUGCACUGAAAGCCAA